UGAUCUAUCAUCAAGAUUACCAUCAAAAUCAUUAUACAAACAUCAUAGUACAAAAGCUUAUUUCUCAUACCCAUUUUCCCAAAAUCAAUUUCAAAUCGGAUAUCUUGGAACACAACCUUCAAGACUUAUAGGCACCCUUCACUUGCGAUACCCAUCGUCAUCACCUCUCCUAACCGAUAAAAUUGAACUUAUGUUCAUAGGAAAAGAAUAUAUUCAAUGGACCGAAGUAAAAAAAUCUGCAAAUCAAAACAUAAAAAUUUGUGAAAUAUCUAUAAUACUUUGGGAAUCUUCUGUGAAAGGAUUAUAUCAAGAAAUCACAGAAUUGGACUUACCGUUCGAGAUUGAGUUACCGGAUGACUUACCAUCUUCCUUAAAAUUUAAUAAACCGGCUAAAUCAAAGAUAAGUUAUAAGAUUAGCGCGAAAAUUUUUAGGCCCAUUAAAUUACUAAAAUCGCAAUAUGGAACAAAAAAAAUAGAGAUCAGGUGCCCAAUAAAAAGAUGGUCGCUUCCCGUAUGCACAGACACGGAUAUAUAUUCGUCCCCGAUGAAUUCAAUGAUAAGAACUUCAGGACCAUCAGCUAAAGGUGUUGAGUGCGAAAUAAUGUUAGAGAAAACUAGUUUUGGAAUUGAAAGUACUAUAUUUGUACCUAUUCGACUCAUACUAAACAACAUGAAAGUUUAUGUCAAGAAAAUUUAUAUAAGCUUAAAAGAAUAUCAUCAAUUAGUGGUCAAACAAACAACAAAUAUUUAUAGCAAAGAUUUGAUCAAAGAUGAAGUAUUUGGGGAUCAGGUUAUGUUAGUUUGUGGGACACUAAAUGAGUAUGCGAUAAAGUUGAAGAUGGAUUUGAAUAAGGUGAAGAAACCUAUCGUUUGUAGUUUUCGUGAUGAACAUGUUGUAGUUUGGCACAAAAUUAAGUUGAUGAUUGUUUUAAACAAUGCACCGGCUAUUAGUUUCGAGAAAGAGAUCAAAAUUGGGUAUAUCAUUAGUGAGGAAGAUGCGAUUUCGAUAGCUGAAGAUCGGUGGGAUAAUAUUUAUUAUUAUGAGAGUAUUAAGGAUGAUAAACUUUCUGCCAGAGCC